AAUAUGCUGAAUUAUGGUUAUGGUUUUUUGACCUUAGUUUAUGUAUAUGUAUUGUCUAGUCUGUGUCCAAUAAUCCUUUUUGUUGUCUGCCAUUUCCUGUGUGUCAUUUCCGGUUUUAUUUUAUCACUAACAUCCUUUCUCAUUUCAGGUAGCUUGAUUUCCCCUCCUUGGUUGUUCCUCCCCUUGACCUGAUUAACUGCCCCGCCCUUAUUGUUUACACCUGUGUUCACCUUGUAUAUUUAAGCUGCGUUUGUCUCUGUGCCCAGUGCCAGAUCGUUUUGAGUUAUCACCACGCUAGUGUGCGUUAUGCUUUGACUUUUUUGACUAUGGAAUAUUACCUCUAGUAAAAAACCUUUUUUUGGAAACACCUUUUGUGUCGAGUCGUGCAUUUGGGUUUUAUCAUUUUAUUGUGCCCCAGACGUAACAGAAGGGUGGAAAAAAAAUUGACAUGCAAGUUCACUGCAGUUAUCUAAGGAAGUAGAAAGCCAAACUUGGGUGACUAUUUCCCAUGACACAAUACGGCGUACACUGCAGAGGAAUGGCAUGUAUGGGUGCCGUCCAUGAAGGAAGCCUCUCCUAAAGCCCAUGCACAAAAAAGCCAGCCUAAAGUUUGCCAUGGCCCAUGCUGACAAAGAUGAAAACUACUGGCACUCUGUACUCUGGAGUGAUGAUACCAAGAUAAAUGUUUUUGGAACUGAUGGCUUCAAAACUUCAUGGUGUCGCAAAGGAGAGUCCUCUGACACAGUGAUCCCCCAGGCCCCUCCGACUCAGGGAUAUCAUGGGACCCUUCCCUGUACACCUCUCCUCACUCCUCACCCUUUCCCUCUCCUGCCUCCUCCUGGCCCACCCCUGCUCCUCCAUCAGGCCGCAGGUUGUGGAGCGAGCGUCUUCCCCCGAGCAGCCUCAGCCCUCCGGUAACACCAGCGGCAAGCCUGUGUGUGCAGGCGUUGUGGUGUGUAGACCCGGGGUUCUGCUGCCGGUGUGGCUGCCUCUCAACCCCCCGCUGGGGGAGCAGACCGGGAGAGCUAUUGUCUACUUCAUGUGUCUCAUGUACAUCUUCUUGGGCGUGUCCAUCAUUGCAGAUCGCUUCAUGGCGUCCAUAGAAGUCAUCACCUCCCAGGAGAAAGAGGUGACCAUCACCAAAGCUAACGGUGAAACCACGGUGACCACAGUGAGGGUCUGGAACGAGACCGUGUCCAACCUCACUCUCAUGGCCCUAGGCUCCUCGGCCCCUGAGAUCCUCCUCUCUGUAAUUGAGGUGGUCGGGCACAACUUUGAUGCUGGGGAGAUUGGGCCGAGCACCAUAGUGGGCAGCGCUGCUUUCAACAUGUUUGUGAUCAUCGGUAUCUGUGUGUGGGUGAUCCCGAACGGAGAGUCUCGCAAGAUCAAACAUCUGCGGGUGUUUUUCAUCACGGCCUUCUGGAGUAUUUUUGCCUACAUUUGGCUCUACCUCAUACUGGCUGUCAUCUCACCUGGGAUUGUGGAGGUGUGGGAGGCCAUAGUGACACUGCUCUAUUUCCCGGUGUGUGUGGUGCUGGCUUGGAUCGCUGAUCGUCGCCUACUCUUCUACAAAUACAUGCACAAGCGUUACCGCGCCGACAAGAGGCACGGCAUUGUUGUGGAAAUGGAAGGGGACCUUGAGCCCAAAGGCAUUGACAUGAUCAUGGACGGAAAGUUGUCAGACGGUGCUUCGUGUGCCGGAAACUCGUCCAGUGUGACGGUCUCUGUGCAGACAGGCAAUGAGCUGGACCAGAACAAAGACGAGGUGGUCCGCAUCCUGAAGGACCUGAAGGAGAAGCACCCAGACAAAGACAUAGACCAGCUGAUCGAGAUGGCCAACUACUCUGCCCUGGUCCACCAGAAGAAGAGCCGCGCCUUCUACCGAGUCCAGGCCACACGCCUCAUGAUUGGUGCGGGCAACAUAUUAAAGAAACACGCCGCUGAGCACUCACGCCGCAGCGCAGGCCAGGAUGCAGACAAGGCCACAUGCUCCCACAUUUGCUUUGAAAGUGCACAGUUCCAGUGCACAGAAAACUGCGGCUCUCUGAGCAUCGGGGUGAUCCUUGAUGGGGGGACGGGCCAGAACACUUUCUAUGUGGACUACUGUACAGAAAAUGGCUCCGCCAAUGCUGGGGCAGACUAUGAAUUCACUAAGGGAACACUGAUGUUUAAGCCAGGGGAGGGCCGCAAGGAGAUCAAGGUGGGCAUCUUGGACGAUGACGUCUUUGAGGAGGAUGAGCAUUUCUUUGUGCGUCUUCAGAACCUGAGGUUAGAGGAAGGUGGAAGUGAAGGGACAGGAACCCCACCACAGGCCCGACUCGUGGAGCCCCUGCUUGCCACCAUCACUAUCUUGGACGAUGACCAUGCUGGCAUCUUCACCUUCGGCCAGCGCGUGCUGCGGGUGAGUGAGAGCACCGGCAUGUUGACGGUGACCGUGGUGAGGAACUCUGGCUCCAGAGGGACCGUCAGUGUGCCGUACCGUACUGAGGACGGCAGUGCCAAGGCGGGGGUGGACUACGAGGAGGCCAGAGGGGAGGUGGAGUUCACCAAUGAGCAGACCAGUCAGGUCUUACAGGUGCGCAUUAUAAAUGUGGCCGAGUACGAGAAGCAGGAGAACUUCUUCAUCGUGCUGGAAGACCCAAAAUGGCUGAAGCGGGGGCUCUCUGCGCUGCUGCUUAACCAGGGCAACCCCACCCCUGAAGAGGAGGAGGCCCGGAGGAUCUCUGAGAUGGGCAAACCUAUUUUAGGGGAGCACAGCCGUCUAGAGGUCGUCAUAGAGGAGUCCUGUGAGUUUAAGAGCACAGUGGACAAACUCCUGAAGGACACAAAUCUGGCUGUGGUGAUCGGCACUCACUCAUGGAGAGAGCAGUUCAUUGAAGCAGUCACAGUCAGCGCAGGGGACGGAGAUGAAGAGGAGCAGCGAAUUCCGAACUGCUUUGACUAUUUCAUGCACAUAGUGUGCGUUUUCUGGAAGGUUCUGUUUGCUUUCUGCCCGCCCACAGAGUACUGGAACGGGUGGGCGUGCUUCAUAGUGUCAAUCUCUGUCAUUGGCUUCUUGACAGCCAUUAUAGGAGACCUAGCUUCCCACUUUGGCUGCACCGUCGGCCUUAGAGACACUGUCACUGCGGUGGUCUUUGUAGCACUGGGGACCUCCCUUCCUGAUACCUUUGCCAGUAAAGUGGCUGCCACUCAGGACCAGUAUGCAGAUGCAUGUGUGGGAAACGUGACAGGAAGCAAUGCGGUUAAUGUGUUUUUGGGCAUUGGGCUGGCCUGGUCUGUGGCUGCCAUUUAUUGGCAAGUCAAAGGUAAAGUCUUCCGCGUUGACCCCGGCUCGCUGGCCUUCUCCGUCACACUCUUCACCAUUUUCGCAUUCUUCGCUAUGGGAGUGUUGAUGAUACGCCGGAGGCCGUCUAUAGGUGGAGAACUGGGUGGCCCUCGAGUCACGAAAGUCCUCACAUCUAUGCUCCUCUUCGGACUCUGGUUCCUCUACAUCCUCUUCUCCAGCUUGGAGGCCUACUGCCAUAUACAGGGCUUCUGAGAGCGCACAACAGGGGAGAGAAGUGACUGCACCAUCACUAGCACACAUCACCAGGACAUUACUAUGUAGACUUCUGUUCCAUAACUACCACUGAGGACACCUAUCAUCACCGCUGCUAUGGUUCAUAAUAAUGUAUGCUCUACAGACUGGCACAGCAAACCGGUACGUCAUAUCCACUGCAGGACAGUCCCAGUCAGCAGAAUUUAUUGUGACUGCACUGAUUCAUUUUCACUCAAGUGGACUACAUAACGUGCAGUGACGUUUUAUGAUAAAGGUGAGAAAAGCUGGCCAGCAUUUACUUUGUGAAGUCCCUGGAUUUUGCUUGAUACCUGAUGACUCACAACCUGGAUUUCAAGUUUGGACUAAAUUCUCCUUAAAUAAAUAAAACAACAACAAGACAGCUGCUCUUACACAAAUUUGAAAUGUUCCCUAAAAAGAACUGCACAUUGACUUUAAUUAAAUGUAUUAUUUCAUGAAAUUACACAUAAUGGUUAGCUGAAAGCAAUACUUUAAAGUUAAAAUAAAAAAAAUAAGGUUCAACCUCAUAUAAUUGCGUUUAACUAUUAAGUUGAAGCUAUUAUUUUAUAUUUAAAAUAAAAAUAUUGCUUUCAACUCACCUAAUACAAUCAUGUGUUAUUUGUUGACAUAAUACAUUUAAUUAAAGUCAACAUGUUUUCAGUGUAAGGACACCUUUGAUCAUUGUGUUUAUACCAUGGACACACAGAAGCUCCAUUCAAACUCCCAUCCAUGUUGUGCGUAAGCAGCAUAAACCCAUAAUUAUGUCUCUUUGACCAGUUAGAGUUCAUCUGUAAUUUAGCUCAAAUAAAAAGUGUUGUUGCUAUGGUUAGCUUCAGUUUUUCCACACAGAUUUAGAACAGUGGUAAUAAAAAGUAUUUGAGUUGUCAUGGUGUACUAUUUUGAAUGGUACUGCCAGAACCAGAAUCAGAACUGUUUGGUUACAAUCCUUCAGUUUGUGAGAUAAGCAGCUGUUGUGAUGUGUUAUAUCUCACACUGAUAAACUGUGUUUCUGUGAGUUAUGUGGCACGAGGCACUGUUUAGUGUAAUGUAAUGCACUUCCUGAAUUUUUUCACACUAUAAGUAUUGAGUAUUGAUAAUAACAAUCAAAAGUAAUUUUUGAAACGUAUAAUUGACAGAAUUACACAGGCAAUGAAUCUCUACUAAACCGGGGAAUUAUAAAAAUGUACCUAGUAUCUGCCAUUGAGUGUGUUUUAUUCACCCCUAAAAUCUGUUUAUUUAUCAAUGGUGUAAUUUAAUGUCUUUGUAAUUUAAUGUAUUUGAGCUGAAAUGAACAAAAAUAUAUUGUACUUUAUUGUAAGCUGUGUCAAUUACAUUGAAAUUUUACCUGA